UGCUGACUGCUGUGAUUAGGAAUUACAUUAAAUAUCUUAGAUUCUUUAGUUGGUUAAGUAAUUUAGGAAAAGUUAUUUUCUAUACAGUAACACAAGCCAACUACAAGUCUUUGCAUUGGAAUGACGAUUAAAGAUUUUGGUUCAUCAGAAACAUUACCAACAAGUUCUAACAAAGAAAAUUUAACAAAACAAUUCCCACCGUUCACCUUGACACAGUUAGUGGGCAAACGCAACUCAAGUUUGGGUUCGAGUGGCUUUCUACCACCAGGGUACACGACUAAAGGAAGUGCAUGGCAUUGUAACUUUAGUGGCAACCACACAGAAAGAAGUGUAUUGACAUCGAAUCCAGCAUUGAAAAACUUACAACACUGCAACGAAGCACCAGCUACGUGGGUCCAAGGAUCUCAACUUAAACCAAGCGGUUAUAGAUCACCGUACUUCCCAAAGUGGGACAGAGUGAACCCAGUGAAAAGAAGAAGGCCAAGAAAGGACAGCUCUUCAGCCACCCUUGAUCUGGUUUUAAGCAGUUUAAACCUGAACGAGCUAAGUCUACCAGAGGUUCACUUAGCCAUGGGUAACGACGGAUCACCUCAGUCUAUCUGCCCCCAAAAAGAGGCUUAUUAUCGAGAAAUAUUUGAUCGAUUAGAUGUAGAUAAUGAUGGAAGAGUGGAUGUACAUGAGCUGAAAGAAGCUUACAUGAAGAUGGGUUUGUUGCAAGUCCCUGGACAGGCAGAGAAAUUUGUAUCAGCAAGUGAUUCAAACAAAGACGGUGAACUCGACGUGGCUGAGUUUGUUCGUUAUCUACACGAACAUGAGAUGAAACUUAAACUAAUGUUUAAACGAUUAGACAGGGAUAAAGAUGGUCGUUUAACUUCCACUGAGAUCGAAGAGGCGUUACGCUCUGUUGGGUUCGAUGUUUCCAAAGAUGAAGCAAAGGAAAUCACUAAAAGGAUAGAUAAAGAUGGAACUUCUUCCAUUGAUAUAAAUGAAUGGGUUGAACAUCAUCUUUUACAUCCAUCUGCUGAUCUCAAGGACAUUGUAUCAUACUGGAAACAUGCAACGUACAUCGACAUCGGGGAGAGUCUCAUUGUUCCCGAUGACUUCAGUGAGGCAGAAAAAGUAUCGGGACAAUGGUGGAGACAGUUGGUUGCUGGAGGAGCUGCAGGAGUUGUGUCUCGCACAUGCACGGCUCCUCUGGAUCGUCUUAAAGUUUUGAUGCNAGAAAUUUUAACAAAACAAUUCCCACCGUUCACCUUGACACAGUUAGUGGGCAAACGCAACUCAAGUUUGGGUUCGAGUGGCUUUCUACCACCAGGGUACACGACUAAAGGAAGUGCAUGGCAUUGUAACUUUAGUGGCAACCACACAGAAAGAAAUGUAUUGACAUCGAAUCCAGCAUUAAAAAACUUACAACACUGCAACGAAGCACCAGCUACGUGGGUCCAAGGAUCUCAACUUAAACCAAGCGGUUAUAGAUCACCGUACUUCCCAAAGUGGGACAGAGUGAACCCAGUGAAAAGAAGAAGGCCAAGAAAGGACAGCUCUUCAGCCACCCUUGAUCUGGUUUUAAGCAGUUUAAACCUGAACGAGCUAAGUCUACCAGAGGUUCACUUAGCCAUGGGUAACGACGGAUCACCUCAGUCCAUCUGCCCCCAAAAAGAGGCUUAUUAUCGAGAAAUAUUUGAUCGAUUAGAUGUAGAUAAUGAUGGAAGAGUGGAUGUACAUGAGCUGAAAGAAGCUUACAUGAAGAUGGGUUUGUUGCAAGUCCCUGGACAGGCAGAGAAAUUUGUAUCAGCAAGUGAUUCAAACAAAGAUGGUGAACUCGACGUGGCUGAGUUUGUUCGUUAUCUACACGAACAUGAGAUGAAACUUAAACUAAUGUUUAAACGAUUAGACAGGGAUAAAGAUGGUCGUUUAACUUCUGCUGAGAUCGAAGAGGCGUUACGCUCUGUUGGGUUCGAUGUUUCCAAAGAUGAAGCAAAGGAAAUCACCAGAAGGAUAGAUAAAGAUGGAACUUCUUCCAUUGAUAUAAAUGAAUGGGUUGAACAUCAUCUUUUACAUCCAUCUGCUGAUCUCAAGGACAUUGUAUCAUACUGGAAACAUGCAACGUACAUCGACAUCGGGGAGAGUCUCAUUGUUCCCGAUGACUUCAGUGAGGCAGAAAAAGUAUCGGGACAAUGGUGGAGACAGUUGGUGGCUGGAGGAGCUGCAGGAGUUGUGUCUCGCACAUGCACGGCUCCUCUGGAUCGUCUUAAAGUUUUGAUGCAGGUGCAUGCUACCAAGUCCAACCAGCUAGGUAUUUCUUCUGGUUUCAAUUCCAUGUUAAAAGAGGGUGGUGCUAAAUCAUUAUGGAGAGGAAAUGGUAUCAAUGUUAUCAAGAUUGCUCCUGAAACUGCUGUCAAAUUCUAUGCUUACGAACGAAUGAAAAAGCUCAUUGGUGCUCAGUCAGGAGGGGAAAUAGGGGCAGCGGAAAAGUUUCUAGCUGGUUCCAUGGCUGGUGUUAUAUCGCAAACAAGUAUUUAUCCUAUGGAGGUCAUUAAAACUCGACUGGCACUGCGAAAGACAGGACAAUAUAGCGGAAUAUUUGAUUGCGCUUUUAAAGUUCUGCGCAACGAAGGACCAAAAGCAUUCUUCAAAGGCUACAUUCCAAACUGCCUUGGCAUAAUACCAUAUGCUGGGAUUGAUCUUUGUAUAUAUGAGACGUUAAAGAACUACUGGAUAAAAACUUACGGAGCUGAAAAGGAAAAACCUUCAGUUCUUCUUCUCCUUGCAUGCGGUACCACCUCCAGCACCUGUGGACAACUUGCCAGUUACCCUCUUGCUCUUGUUAGAACAAAAAUGCAAGCACAAGCCUCCCUUCCCAACCAUGAUAAAAACCAGAAGACAAGCAUGGUUUCACUGUUCAGGUCAAUAGUUCAGACUGACGGAGUAUUUGGAUUGUACCGAGGUCUGGCGCCAAACUUCAUGAAGGUUGCCCCUGCUGUUAGCAUUAGCUAUGUUGUGUAUGAGAAAAUGCGAAUGCACUUGGGUGUCUACAGAUGAUAAAAACAUCCAUGGUGCUCAUGUUUACUCAUUAUUUGUAACAGCUUGGUGCUUUUCUCGUUCAAGCACUGAAAAACAGGGCUACACAUUGAAACUUCCCUUCAUUUUACAUCUGCUAUUUAACAUUCUAGCUCAUUUCUUGCACCAUAACACAAUGUUUUCUUAUUAAUUUAGGUUCUAUUCUUUCAUAUUCAAUAUAAACUAACUAACAAUCAUUAAAAUAUGCAGUUUUAAUGAGAUCAUAAUUUUCUCUUCCUACUAAAUACUGUUUAUUCUUCCGAACUAUUCCUGUUACUCUGUCAAUGUGAUCUGUGGUACAAAAUAAUUGAUUUUUUUUGUUGUUUUUUGAAUGUUUUAUUGCAUUCCAUAUUUAUUAGUGGUCUAGCACCUGACAAAAAUAUAAAAUGUUGUUUUGUUUUGA